AUGGGCAAGUCCGAAAGCCAGAUGGAUAUCAUGGAGAAAUCGUCAAAUUUGGGAAAGCGCCGCUGGACUGCUGCAGAAAUUGGUCUGUUGGUCCUGCUGCUGUUAGUCAGCUGUGCCUUGGCUGGGCUUAUAGUCCUCUACACAUCGGUGGUGAAAGAGCUGUCUAAUGGGCCAGGUGUGUCAAGGAGCGCAACAAACGCGGGGCACCAGUAUCACUCCAACAUCCACAACGUGUGCACAACCGCAGAGUGUGUUACUGCAGCUGCCCGGCUCCUGCAGAACAUGGAUGCAUCGGUGAAGCCUUGUGAGAAUUUCUACCAGUACGCCUGCGGUGGCUGGCUGGAGCGCCAUGUCAUACCCGAAACCAGUUCCCGUCACAGCGUCUUUGACAUUCUCAGGGACAAGCUGGAGAUUGUCCUCAAAGGCGUUCUUGAGGCUGGGAAUGAACAGGACAGGGUCGCCAUCAAGAAAGCCAAAACGCUUUACUACUCCUGUAUGAAUGAAAGCCUCAUUGAGCAACGGGACUCCCAGCCCCUCCUCAAGCUCAUUGAAAGUAUUGGAGACUGGCCCGUUGCCUCAGAUGAUUGGAACACCACCAGAGAGGAGUCGUGGAACCUGGAGGACACGCUGGCAACCCUCACAGCACGUUUUCACAAGAAGGUCCUGCUGGACAUGUACGUGUGGACGGACGACUGCGACUCCCGCCGCCAUAUCAUUUAUAUUGACCAGCCGGGACUUGGAAUGCCUUCAAGGGAGUAUUACUUCAACGAUGGAAACUACAAAAGGGUAAGAGAAGCCUACUUGCAUUUCAUGGUUUCCAUUGCAAAGAUAGUGCGAGAGGACAGGAACUUAACCCAGGAUGAUGAGCUUGUUUGGGAGGAGAUGGUACAGGUGCUGGAGCUGGAGACAGACAUUGCUAAUGCAACAUCUCCAGCAGAGGAGCGUCAGGAUGUUACUGUUCUCUACAACAAGAUGACAAUCAGCGAGCUGCAGGACACGUUCAGCCUUAAUGGAUUUAACUGGACUCGGUUUAUACAAGGUGUGCUGUCUAGCGUGUCCAUCGAGGUACAGAAGGAAGAGGAGGUGGUGGUCUAUAGCUCUCCCUACCUUGAAAAGAUGAACGAAGUUCUCUCCAAACAUAGUGUCAGAACUAUGCAGAACUACCUCACUUGGCAGCUCAUCAUUGACAGAGUUAAUAGCCUGAGCCGCCGUUUUAAAGAUGCCAGAGCCCAUUACAGAAAGACUCUGUACGGAACUACUGUGGAGGAAGCCCGAUGGCGAGACUGUGUCCGUUAUGUCCAGAGCAGCUUGGAGAAUGCCGUAGGGGCACUGUAUGUGCGUGAAACUUUUGCUGGUGAAAGUAAACGAAUGGUCAGUGACCUCAUCAGUAAGAUCCAGGAAGCAUAUGUGGAAACUCUGGAGGAGCUAAGUUGGAUGGAUGCCCCGUCAAAGGAGAAGGCGAGAGAGAAGGCCAUGGCAAUCAAGGAGCAUAUUGGGUAUCCUGAUCAUAUUCUGGAGGACAACAACGAGAAGCUUGACCAGGAGUAUGCCCAUCUUAAUUUUAGUGAGAACUACUUCGAGAACAUCCUUGAAAACCUCCAGGCUGAGGCACACAAGGGUUUAAAGAAGCUAAGAGAACCAGUUGACCCUGACUUGUGGAUCAUUGGUGCGGCUGUAGUGAAUGCAUUUUACUCCCCAAACAGAAACCAGAUAGUGUUUCCUGCAGGAAUCCUCCAGCCUCCUUUCUUCAGCAAGAAUCAGCUUCAGGCCCUCAACUUCGGUGGAAUAGGGAUGGUCAUAGGGCACGAAAUAACACAUGGAUUUGAUGACAACGGACGCAACUUUGACAAGGACGGUAAUAUGUUAAACUGGUGGAGUAACUACUCUGCUGAGCACUUUAAAGACCAGUCACAGUGCAUGGUGCAACAGUAUGGCAACUUCAACUGGAAGCUUGCAGGUGGACAAAAUGUCAGUGGAAUCAGCACUCUGGGGGAGAACAUUGCGGACAACGGAGGGGUUCGCCAAGCUUACAAGGCGUAUCUGAAGUGGGUGGAGAGAGAGGGUGAGGAGCCUCAUUUACCUGGUCUGCAUAUGGAUCACAAACAGCUUUUUUUUCUGAACUUUGCCCAAGUGUGGUGUGGUGCCUACCGACCUGAGUACGCCAGCCAGUCCAUCAAGACCGACUCACACAGUCCUCUGGAGUACAGGGUACUUGGGUCGCUGCAGAAUUUCGAAGCGUUCUCAGAAGCAUUCCAGUGCAAAAAAGGAAGUCCUAUGAACCCCGAGGUGAAAUGCCGGGUCUGGUAG